CUGAGAGUGUCAUUUCCAGCUAUCUGGGUGCCAUAAUUGUAAAUUUUCCUAUUUUAUCUCCAGCAUGGUGGGGCUGAGGUGGUGUAGACCCUCUGUCUUUCCUGGGCCCCUCUAUUUCAAAAUUUCUAGAUCUGCCAUUGCAUUAUUUCAUCUCAGUUUAUACAGUAAUUAGUUUUCAUGUGUUCUGACAUUGAUUAUCAUUUUGUAGGUGUUCCUGCUGGACAAACACCACUACAUUGCUGUCUAGGUGCUCAGGGUACUUAUGAUGAACAGCGAGAAACAGCACUGUGCUUGAUAAGAUAUGGCGCCUCGGUCUACAAGACAAAUAGAGUAAUGUAUAGAAAAAAGAAAUGAUUCAGAAGGAUUAGUCAAUGUCUCUAUUACAAUACUACAAACAUUACUUAAAACCAAAACCAACCAAAUAUAUAAGAGCAUUUAGUCCAUUCUAUACGAAUGAAUUCCAUCACUUAUUCUUGUACCAAUAUUUGAUAUAAAUAUUGUGAUACUGAUAGUGUUGGUUAUUCCUUUGAAUUAUUAUUUUCGCCAUUAUCAUUUUAUAAAUCUUCAUAGCUAAAAUAUUUGCCUUUGUUGUGCUGAUGGAGUUUGCAGCCGCCAUCCAGUGAAAUAUACUAUAAUUUUUUGUAUGAUCUUGUUAUUACAGGUAGGGAAUACACCUCUUGAUUAUUAUGAUCGUAAUGAAUGUAGUCAAUAUGAAGUAUCAACAAAGGAGGAAAAGAAAGAUGAACUUAAAAAAUUGCUUAUAGAGCUAUCAGUUCCUGGAGAAAUAUUAGCAAGAGGUCCUGAAGCCAUUAAAGCAUUCACAUAUGAAGUCCAGAAUGGGGAAAUUACGAUGGUUAAUUCCAGAGUCAUGUUCUUGGGCAAAGAAGGAACGGGCAAGACAAGUUGUGUCCGUUCCAUGCUUGGCAAAGUAUUUAAAAACAACGAACCAUCAACAGAUGGUAUUGUAACAACAACAGUAUUUUAUACUGUUAAAGGAGAUUUCAGCAAAUGGAAGGAACAAAAGGAUGUGGAUGUUUGUGAAUUAACCAAGCAGAUACGUGAGCAUACCAUUGCAGAAAAUGUUGCCAAAAGGCUGAAGCAGCCAAAAAGCCAUCAAAACUCAUCUAAUUCUGCAUCGUCCAGUUCUACAGCCUCCUCAACAAUGCCAUCAGAAGCAGCAAAAAUUAUGACAAGCUAUACCAGUAAACUCCCUGAAGAAGGAAUUCAUAAGAAACUUGUUGCUAAACUUGCUAUAUCUGCCAGUGUCCAUCCGGAUAACCCAUUAGAACAAUUAAGUGCAUCUGGGGAGGGAUUUGACAAGAGUUUUGUACCAAGUGAUGUCACAUGCAUUUGGGACUAUGCUGGUCAGCUGACUUACUAUAUAUCACACAGAUUUUUUCUGACAGAUGGAUCAUCCUACUGUGUUGUAUUCAGUGUGUUAGAUGAUUUGGACGCCCUUGCAAACCCAAGAGAUUUCCAGCAAGGACAAUUUGAAAUGACAAAUCUUCAGAUGAAUGUGUUUUGGAUGCGGUCAAUAUACGAACACGCUGUACUACCCUAUCGUGAAAGGACACAGAAGUUAAUCAAUGGCAUAUCCUCACCAACGAUAAGUUUAGUUGCCACACACAAAGAUAAAUUAUUGGGGACUGAGUCAGAAAAUGACAAGCUGAUCAGUACCAAGUUCAAAAGAAUAUUUGAUGAGAUAGAAGGAACACCAUAUGAAAGCCAUGUGGAUCGUGAGAUGUAUGUUGUAGAUAACACUGUGGCUAUGGAUGAAGGGAUUGAGAAAUUGAAGAAGAAUAUCGGAAAAUACAUGAAGGCAACGGCAAAACCUAUUCCCACUACCUGGGUUGAUUUCCAGUCCAAAGUACAAGACGUUGGAAAAACAAGACUCUGUGUUUCCUUGGAUGAGGUCACGGAAAUUGCAUCUGUAUGUGGAAUUUCUAAACCAACGCUCAACACUGUCCUCGAUUAUCUAAAUGACACUGGAAUAAUUCUGUACUCUAAGACUAAUGAGAAGUUAAAGUACACAGUUAUUACAAACUUGCGCAUGAUGAUUGACGUCGUGACGAAAAUCAUCACAGUAGUGAAACCAGAUGAUAUUGACAAGCUGCCUAUACUGCAGCAGUGGUAUAGGCUCGACCGUGAGGGAGUUCUUCAUGAAGAGUUGCUACAUCAUUUGUUGCGACAUGAGAUAGCAAAAGAUGCCAGCAACUUUGAAGUAUUUUUAGAACUGCUGAAGAUGUUUGGGUUACUGUUUGAGCAACAAAAGGGAUCUCAACCUGGUAACCGAACGUUCAUGGUUCCCACUCGGAUGCAAAUCAAUAAAGAGGGCUUGAAAGUUAUGGAAGACGAGCAGCAAAAGGUAUCGUUUUAUGUGACUCCCACGGACUUCCUACCGGAUGCUGUCUACAAUGUGCUGGUCGUUUCCUUUUUAGACUUGAUGAAUGACAAAGGUAGGAGUGGUGAUCAUGUCGAAUUGUUUCGGAGUCGUAGUGACUUUUACUUAGAUGAUGAGCAUGUUGUGAGUCUAGGAGCUGUCAGAAUCAAGAACAGACAUGCAUUGAAAAUUGAAAUUUCACAUAGGAUAAAAGUUGAUGAAUAUGGCAAAGAAGAACCUUUUGAACCACAUCCUAGCAUCUGCAUGGAGGUAUUAAGUUACCUUCGACAGCAGUUGAAAACUGUGUAUGUUACUACAGAAGGAGUCGGCUAUGAGUUACGUAUUCUUUGUCAUGCCUGUGAACCUACGCUGCGACCGCUGCAUAAACUUGAGGAAUGUUUGAAAAAAGACAGUGUGCCAUGUGGAAAAAAAAAGUUAGUCACAACAGCUCGUAUCAGACGACUCUUUUCAACAGUGACGGAUGCAGUGGAUGGGGGGCUGCAAAAGGAUAAAUCAUUCUUUCUUCACUGGCAGUAA